AUGGUGCAAGAUGUGUAUCGCAAGGCGUCGUCGCGCCAGGCUAAUACCAUAUGUCCGGACAUAUGCCUGCCGCCAGCAUGUGCAUGCUCUCUAGGAUACUACAGAGACAAUCUUGGAGAAUGUGUUUCAGCUGGAGAUUGUCCUCUAAAAUGUGGCGAAAAUGAGCAAAUAAACAGUUGCGGAAAUCGCUGUGAACCUACAUGUGAGAACGCCUAUGGCCAACCCAAAAUCUGCGUUCUUAUUUGCGACCCACCCGCUUGCGUAUGCAGACCGAACUACUACAGGCAGAACGGAAAAUGUGUGCCACAGAGGGAAUGUCCCCCACCAAACAAUGUAAGGAGCCUGAACUACGCCGAUGAGCUCAUCACGCCUCCAGCAAAUCCAACGACGCCUAGGAAGAACAGCUACGUUGAUGAGCCGAUUACGCGUAAGUUAAAUUCAGCUUUCUAUCCUGAGCACCUGCAACCCCAACAACAACUAAAAAAAGCAGUUACGUCGAUGAACCAGUCACACGUAAGCUAG